GAGUCGUCUGGCAAGACUGCGGGCACCGAGUCGUCUGGCAAGACUGCGGGCACCGAGUCGUCUGGCGGAACAGCGGGCACCGAGUCGUCUGGCAAGACUGCGGGCACCGAGUCGUCUGGCAAGACUGCGGGCACCGAGUCGUCUGGCAAGACUGCGGGCACCGAGUCGUCUGGCAAGACUGCGGGCACCGAGUCGUCUGGCAAGACUGCGGGCACUGAGUCGUCUGGCAAGACUGCGGGCACCGAGUCGUCUGGCAAGACAGUGGGCACCGGGUCAUCAGGUAUGACAGCGGGCACUGGG